AUUUUUGAAAGUGGGGUAAAUUUUGGCUAUUUGUUUUUUUAUAAAAACUGUGUCACAACCGCGCGCCUCCAAUUCUUCCAUCGCCAUCGCCGCUCCACUUCCUCCUCUCACAGCCUCUCGCCGUCGCCUCUGUCUCAAUUUCAGCCUUCCUUCCUUGGUCUCAUAUGACUCUCUCUUCCAGGGUUUCCGAGAUUCUUCCCUAAUUUGAGAAUCGUUUGAAGAAUUGAGUGACGGGCUCAGGUAUUAUGACCUCUAAGAGGGAACAUGAAGAUAGUGUUAGAGUGAAUGCGGAAGGGUUUGAAUCUGACCCAAAGAGGCAAAAACGGAAUGGGCAUUCAUCUCCUUCCUCUUCACCACCUUCACCUGCUUCUGAAGGCUUCCUUCUUCCUGGUUUUAAUUAUGGCGACGAGGAUGACGAGGACAACUAUAGAAGGCCACCUGUUAAUGACUAUAGAGGGGAUGGUGGUGAUAAUCAAAGGGAUCUAAAAAGUGGGGUUGAAAUUGAAGAAGAAGAUGAUAUUGAUGAUCUUGGACAAGGACUUUACAGGCGGGGCCGUGAAAUUGAGGUCAGGAAGGAUUGUCCAUAUCUUGACGCUGUUAAUCGCCAGGUUUUGGAUUUUGAUUUUGAAAAAUUUUGUUCUCUGUCUCUGUCAAAUUUGAAUGUGUAUGCAUGUUUAGUUUGUGGGAAGUAUUACCAAGGAAGAGGGAAGAAGUCCCAUGCAUAUACUCAUAGCCUUGAAGCUGGACACCAUGUUUAUAUCAAUCUUCGAACAGAGAAAGUUUAUUGCCUUCCCGAUGGAUAUGAAAUCAGUGACCCGUCAUUGGAUGACAUUAGACAUGUCCUGAACCCGAGGUUUACUGAGGAACAAGUUGAGCAGAUUGACAAAAACAAGCAAUGGUCUAGGGCACUUGAUGGUUCUGAUUACCUUCCUGGAAUGGUGGGGCUCAAUAACAUUAAGGAGACUGAUUUUGUCAAUGUCACAAUUCAAUCUUUAAUGAGAGUCACUCCACUAAGAAACUUUUUCCUCAUCCCUAAGAAUUAUCAACAUUGCAAGUCUCCGCUUGUUCAUCGAUUUGGGGAGCUCACUAGAAAGAUAUGGCAUGCACGGAACUUCAAAGGACAGGUGAGUCCGCAUGAGUUCCUGCAGGCAGUUAUGAAAGCCAGUAAGAAACGGUUUCGAAUAGGAGCGCAAUCUGACCCUGUUGAAUUCAUGUCAUGGCUGCUUAAUACACUGCAUGCAGAUCUUAGAACUUCAAAGAAAGAUAGUAGCAUCAUCUACGAGUGCUUUCAGGGGGAACUGGAGGUUGUGAAGGAGAUUCCUAAGAAAGGUAUUGAGAAGAAAGAAAAUGGUGAUGACCAGAAUACAGAUGUUGUGACUGAAAAUAAUGGCAUUGUCAAGGAAAGGUACAAAAUGCCUUUCUUAAUGCUUGGAUUGGAUUUGCCCCCACCACCCCUUUUCAAAGAUGUUAUGGAGAAAAACAUCAUACCCCAGGUCCCACUGUUCAACAUCUUGAAGAAAUUUGAUGGGGAGACUGUGAUUGAAGUGGUCCGACCUUGCAUAGCAAGGAUGAGGUAUCGAGUCACCCGAUUACCACAGUAUCUUAUUCUCCACAUGCGGCGAUUUACCAAGAACAACUUCUUUGUGGAAAAGAAUCCGACUUUAGUCAACUUUCCUGUGAAGAACCUUGAAUUGAAAGACUACAUCCCCUUGCCAACCCCAAAAGAGAAUGAGAGAUUGCAUUCAAAGUAUGAUUUGAUUGCCAACAUUGUUCAUGAUGGCAAACCUGGUGAAGGUUCAUACAGGGCAUUUGUACAGAGAAAGUCAGAAGAAUUAUGGUAUGAGAUGCAGGAUCUUCAUGUUUCAGAAACUCUUCCCCAGAUGGUUGCCCUUUCUGAGACUUAUAUGCAGAUAUAUGAGCAGCAGCAGUAAACUUGGGACAGUUUCAAGUGCCAUGGUUGACGGAUUAGGUGGUUUUUAAGCCUAUUCUGGGAGUCGAGUGGUUUCAUACAUGAGGAAAACAAGACGAGGGGAAACAUUUUUUGAGGUGGCAUUUGCCUGAGUUUGUGAGUUUUAUGGUUCCAUGGAUUCUGUAAGUUGUUAGUUUUGACCAAAUUUUGACAGCGAAGGAGUUGAUAUUAUAUGGUUACCCAAAGAAAAAACCCUCGGUACUUUAGAGUAGGCAGCUGUAAAGUGCUGAAGGAAUGUAGCAAACUGUUUGAUAAUGAUCUCUGUUCUAAAUGCCCAACCUAGAAUAUUAUUUCC